ACUCUUUAUUCUAUUUAUAGAGACUUCAAGAGAAGAGUUUGGCAUUUGGAAUCCAAGAAGGCCAGUGCAAUGGAGCACCGUUCAUAUGGGUCAAAUGAGGGCAAUGCACCACUUCUCCCUAAAUCACAAACGGGAGAACAGGGCUCAGGAAGUGAGAGGAGAGUGCAGUCCUGCUCCCUGACGAAGGUCUUCUUUGUGUGUCUGCUCGCCUCGGUCAUUACAACAGCCCUGGGUGUGAUUGUGGUUGUCUUCACCUCACCCAACAGAUCUGAAACUACUGAUAGUAAGGUGCUCAGUAACACCCUUCCUCCAGUGGACGUCAAAUACAAGUACCUUAAUCACAUGGAUAAAUCCAAGCUUUUUCAAUUAGAAGGUGGAAAUGUACAGUGGGCAAGAUACCUAAAAAAUCCUGACCGCUAUAGCUCCAGGGAGGAGCAGGAAUUUGGGGACAGUAUAAACACCGAAGAAGCUAAAAUGACAGCAUCUACUUUACUAAUGAAACCAAAUGGGUGCAGAGUUCCUCACUGGCACUUUAACGCCAAUGAACAUGGAUACCUUGUAAAGGGCAGUGCAUGGAUUGGUAUACUGGAUGCAGCACCCUUUGCUGUGACCUCUUUCAAUGUCACAGCUGGCCAGGUAAUAUUCCUGCCCCGAAGUACCCUUCACUGGUUGAAAUGCGUCGGAAAUGAAGACUGCCUCUUUGUGCUCUUCUUUACCACACACGAGGAACUUAUAACACUGGAAGUCAACGAUGUCUUUCACUCCACACCGAAAGAUAUUGCAGCAAGGUCACUGAAACCAAAGGGGGGGAUUGAUUUUAUCAAGUCGUUCAAGCCCAAUGGAGUGCAGAACGUUAACCUUCCGCCCAACCUGGCACAACUUGUAAAGAAAGCCAGCUAUGUGCAGUCUGUUGACAGUAAUGUAUGGAGGUACUUUUACGAUCUGAAAGGCUCCAAGCAAUACAAGUAUCCAGGAGGAGUCAUGCAGUGGGCUCGGUAUACCACAAAUUUACAAAACCUCUCUGCAAAUGAAAAAAUAUUUGGCCAGUCUCUGCAUUCUCAUGAGGACACUCUCACCAUUGCUACAAUGCAGAUACUCAGCAACGGGAUGCGGCAGCCACACUAUCAUUUCAAUGCCAAUGAAAUGGGAUAUGUGAUUCGUGGAUGUGGAAAGAUUGGCGUGAUAAGCAAGUCGUCAAUAGUGACUAACUUUGACAUCAAUGUUGGAGAUGUUUUCUUCUUUCCUCAUGGAGCCCAGCAUUAUAUUAAAAGCACAUGUGACGAGGACCUCUUUCUUGUAAUUGCCUACAGUACCGGCAACGAGCUGCAAACCAUGAGUAUGGAUAUUUAUUUCCAAUCUACAGCAGACUUUAUUUUAGCCCAGCUUUUCCGGAAGCCCCAAGAAGAAUUUGAGAAAAUUCCAACCUUCAAGAUCCCUCAAGAUAUUAACAUGCCAUAAAAGAAUAUACAGGACUAUUGACUAGCAUGUGCAUUACAGAUGUGUUUAGUGUUCGAUCUUAAGCAGACAGUAUAGCUGGAAUGCAGUAAAUUUGUUCAGCUUCAUGCCUUCCUUGCUUUUCGGGGUUCUGUUGUCUUCACUUUGUAAUAUGUGACAGAUGCAAUUUUUGCAGUGCAGUAGAUGUACUAAGUGGUCACUUUAGCACUGUAUAGCAGUAACUGUAUUGAAUGUAUACAAAUCAAAAUCCAGAAGUGCUCCUCUACAGCAGUUCUAAGACCUUGUUCUAAGUAGAUAUUUAAUUACCUAACUGAAUAUCUACGGUAGGUUCAAGAACUUUGUACAUCAUGGUCCUAGACUGGACAGGAAUAAAAGACCACCAUGUUAUAUGUUGGCUACACACCACAUAUAGGAAUUUCUUUCUCAUGUACUGUAGCACAUUAGCAAUAUAAUUGCUGCUGUAGGUAAAACCUAGUUGUAUGUGGCCCUACACCUUAUAUAAUCAUUUUUUUAAAUGCUAAAAUAUUUAAACUUUAAAGAACUCUCUUCUAACUUUCAUUAGCUUGGCUGCCUUAGUAUAUGGUAUAUUUAGCACAAUUUCUAUGAUGUGUAUUGUAUUUUUAAAAGUUAAAAAAUAAAAUAAAAAAAUGCUUGUUUCUUUUUUAUAGAAAUAUGAUCACAUUUUGGACUUAAGAAAUGCAGUCAUUAUAAAGUAUUUUGGAAUAACAUCAGUGACUUGAGAAAUAAAAGACUGUGCUUAACAAUAGCUUGUAGUGACCAUACACUUCAGAAAGAUAAUGCUUUAUAAUUUGCAAUAAAAUUCUAUUAUGAACCAUAAAA